AUGGUUCUAGGCUUACCAGGAAACGGCAAUCUUAAGAGACUUGCACUUAUUCAUGAUAGCGUGAAUGGUAGGAAGGGCAUUUUCUUCAAGGGGUCCGAAGUUACAUCGGCGGAUCAGGGCAGUGAUCGUGCAACCCGUGUUAUGCAGCGUAAUACUGCCGGGGUGUUCUACUACAUGAGGCGCCCUGAGAUUUGGCCAAGAUUCACCGAGACCUCUCAGCACAUGGAGACAGUUCUGCAACUCGAUGGGGAGCUCGAUCUCCCCGAUCGCACUGCUGGCCAGCCCCUGGCAGGUCUGCGUGAUCUGUAUUGUUAUUGGAUCGAUCGGAAAUUGCAACGCAUUGAGGAUGACGCUCGAGACUGGCUUAUCAAAACCGCCAACGACUACAAUGCUAGAUACUCUGGGACUUCUGACCAUCUCGAUUGGACGACUAAUGUGCUUAAACCAAAUGGGUAUAUCAGUGAGAAGGCACUCAAGUUUCCUAAGGCACGCGGACACGGUAACCCAAACAGUCAAAGCCCUAUGAUAUGGCCACAAAGCAAUUAUGAGAACUUGUGGAAGUCUAGUAUCGGCGCAGCUGGACCUUUCUGA